AUGGCCGCCCCGGUUCUGGUUGAUGGCCGCUGUGUGACGGCGUGCCCCCUGGACACCUACCAGAGUGGGGGCACCUGCUAUGCCUGCAGCCCGACAUGUGCCUCCUGCUCGGGGCCCGGCCUCUCCGCGUGCACCGCGUGCUCGGGCGACCGGGCCCUGCUUGGGGGCGAGUGCCUGCUGGAUUGCCCGGAUGGGUACUUCGCCGAGGCCGACCAUUGCGCCCUGUGCCAUGGAUCCUGCGCCACGUGCAGCAGCCGGGACGUCUGCACCUCGUGCAAGGGCCAGGAUAUGCUCCAACCGGAUGGGCUGUGUGCCGCUGGCUGCCCGGAAGGGUGGGGUGCCUGCCCGGCCACGAACAAGUGCACGGCUUGUCCGGCGCAAUGUGCGCAGUGCGAGCCCUCCGGUCCGUCGUGCGACAUGGUCUGCACCAAGUGCAAGGCCACCUUCUUCCUGUCCUCCGGCGCCUGCCAUGGGUCCUGCCCGGCCGGGGAGUUUGCGGCCCCGGGGUCGGGCAUUUGUCAGGCCUGUGACAGCGCCUGCCGGAGCUGCUUCGGGUCGGCAAGCUUCUGCACCGGCUGCGAUGGGGGGCUCCUCCAUCUGGACGAGGGGGUCUGUGUGUCGGCCUGCCCGAGUGCCUCGGCGCCGGUGGGCGGGGUAUGCCUCCACUGCCUUGACAAGUGCGAGCAGUGCGAGCCGGCCGCCGACCAGCCCCAGUGUGCGAUCCGGGCCGAUGGGGCGCUCGAAUGCCCGGAAAUUGCCACCUGCAGUGCAUGCGUCUCCGGGCACCUCCUGCUCGGGGGGGCCGCCUGUGUGGAGGUGUGCCCGGCCGGCUACUUCGCCGAUCUUGACGGCCAGCCGGCCGUCUGUGCUCCCUGCCACGCGAGCUGCACCGACUCCUGUCUGGGGCCGGGGGAAGAUGAGUGCACGUAUCCCCGCAGGAACAGCAAGUUUGUCCUGGGCCUGGCCGUGGGUCUGUCGGUGGGGCUGCUGCUGCUGCUGAUCUUGCUGAUCCUGGUGGUGCUGUUCCUCAUCCGCCGGCGCCGCCAGAGGGGCGGUGCCCUCGGCAAGACCCCUCAUGAUGAGGAUGCCACCAUGCUGAACACCAUCGUGGAGCUGGCCCUGCCCGGGGCCAUCUUGGUGAAUGUGGAUCUUGAUUUCCGGCCGAUGGACAAGACCCUCGGUGCAGGGACCCAAGCGAGUGUGUAUGUUGCGCAGACAGUCGGCUCCGACAUGGUGGCCCGGCUGGGCUGCCCGGAUAUUGUGGCCAUCAAGAAGAUGAAGUCUCAAGACACGAAGCCCCUGCAUGUGGCCAUGUUCCAGAAUGAGGUGGCCCUGAUGUGGCUGCUCCGGGAGCAUGGGAACAUCGUGCGCCUCUUCGGGUACAGCCAGUCGCCGCCGGCCAUUGUGAUGGAGCGCUAUGACACGGACCUGGCCACGCUGCUGCAUUCGGCGGUGGAGCUGUCGGCCGUUCAGCUGCUGGACAUCUGCCAGCAGUGGGCCUCCGGGCUGGAGGCCAUGCAUGCCAAUGGGGUGGCCCAUUGCGACCUGAAGCCGGGCAAUGUCUUUGCCAGCCAGCGCCCGGACGGGGGCUGGCGCGUGGCCCUCGGGGAUUUGGGGACCAGCAAAAAUCUGAGUGCCGACCGGUCGUCGGCCCUCAUCCUGACCAUGCCCAAGCUGAAUGCCCUGAGCGCCCGGUACGCGGCGCCGGAGCUGCUGGCGGCCGUCCGUCGAGGCACUGCGCUCGAGCAGCACCUCCUCUUCCCGGCAGACAUCUAUGCUGCGGCCAUUUUGCUGAAUGAGUGUCUGUCGCGGACCAUCCCCUGGGAUGGGCUGAGCCUGCAGCAGAUCUCGGAUGCGGUGCAGGUGGGCGAUCGUCCGCCAGUUGGCGGAGAUCCUCCAGCUGGCUUGAUGGACUUGGUGCAUGCUGCCUGGCAGCCCGAUCCCGAGCGUCGUCCUGCGGCGGCGAUCUUCCGCCAGCAAUGCUCGGCUUUCUUUGUGGCGGCCGAUGGUCUGUCCCAAGGCUGAUGCCAGCGUGUGCGGCGCUGCCAGGCGGCGGAGCAGGCCGGUGCGGGGGUGGACCGCAUGCAGCACCGGCCCCCCCUCCGGGGAGGGGCAGGUCACCUAUCACCAGCUGCCCUGUGGAUGUAUCGGUGUCGAUGUCCUGCCACGGCCCAGGGGAGCCAUGCUGCCAUGGAGGUCACGACAGCGGAAAUGCCACGCCCCAGGCUUGUGUCCCAAGCCGGAGUGACCCCAUGCUGCCGGGUGGCCAGGCUGCCGCGGAGAAUAGACUCCUUUCGCAAGCAAA